AUACACAUCGAUGAUCGAUUUCUCUUUAUCUGGAAUCUCCAGAAUUCCCACCAUCUUUUCACUCUAAUCUGAAUCUGAACCGACUUUGAUAUUACAGUUUUGCCCACCCUUCAUCCGUCCUAUAUAAACCCUACCCUUUUCCGACUUAGCUCAUCAGAGUACAGAGAAAUAUAGUAUCAUUCAGAGUAGAGUACGUUUAGAGAGUGACUUGGUAUAUUAAUAUGGGCAGUGAUCAGGAAAAUGGCUAUGGUGACUUGGAGAAGCAGAUGCUGGUUCUUCACGAACACGAAGAGAAGCACUUUAUGUCCAGUGAGAUUGUCCGUGACGUCAUUCUCGGCGUAUCCGAUGGUCUCACUGUCCCUUUUGCUCUCGCCGCAGGGCUGUCCGGCGCUGACGUGAGCUCCUCCAUCAUUCUCAUCGCCGGCAUUGCUGAGGUUGCCGCCGGUGCCAUCUCCAUGGGGCUCGGCGGGUACCUUGCGGCGAAGAGUGAAGAAGAUCACUACAAGAAAGAACUAAAGAGGGAGCAAGAUGAGAUCAUCUCCGUCCCUGACAUAGAGGCCGCCGAGGUUGCAGAAAUAUUGUCACAAUAUGGGGUUGAGGCACAUGAAUACGGGCCUGUGGUGAAUGCUCUGAGAAGGAACCCUCAAGCCUGGCUUGAUUUCAUGAUGAAAUUUGAACUAGGACUCGACAAACCGGACCCAAUGAGAGCACUGCAGAGUGCAAUGACAAUAGCCUUUUCAUACGUCUGUGGUGGACUGGUGCCUCUCCUUCCCUACAUGCUCAUUCCAAUUGCCACAAAGGCCGUGCUUGCAUCUGUUGUGGUCACCAUAGUGGCAUUGAUGAUCUUCGGCUAUGCAAAGGGUCGCUUCACCGGAACACAACCUAUCAAGAGUGCUUUCCAAACCGCCUUCAUCGGAGCCAUGGCUUCCGCUGCAGCUUACUCUAUUGCUAAACUAUUCCAGUCCUAUCACUAAUCAAUCACAUACCCGUUUAAUUAUGUGCAACGUUGCUUUUAAUUUGUAGCUCCUAAUUAGUUUGUCUGGUCUAUGGCAUUUCCAACCAGAUCAAAAUCAAGCUGCUAGCUAGUUAUUGGUUUUUACUAGUACUACGUUGCAAGCUUUGAUCGUCUCUGCUUCUACAUAUAAUUGGCUUUGUACAA